CGACUGUAUAAACUUGUAUGCCCUUCAUCACCUCCUCUGACACUAAGCCACGCCCAGAAUCCCCCUCCCAGCUUUUUAUUGGUGCAACUGCCAGCAACAACUGCUCGCUCUCCCUGCUGCUUCUCUCCUCCUCCCAUCCUCUGCCCUCCCUCUUUCCUCUUUCGUCUGUCUGAGCUGCUAGGCAGUGAAUGAGUCGUUCAGCAGCGCAGCUUCUUCCUCCCGUUCCCUCCCUCCUUCUCUCGCUCCGUCCUUUCAGGAGCAGACAGCGGAGCAUCGACGCGGCAGCGGAGCAACACGGAGCUGACGGAGACGGGAAAACGGCAAACCCCGCUAGGAGGGGUGCAACCUAACCAACAAUUUCACCAACAGCAGCUUACAACUGUGAGACGGGUUCAAAACUGAAGCAACAGAUUGGCCUAAAGGUGCAGAUGUUGAAACUGACAUCAGCCCUGCUGAACCGGGGUUUUGGAGCUGACUGGAAACAUCUGCAGCACCUGGAAUCUCUGACAGUUUCUGUGCUUCAAAUAAAAGUGUUGUCCAGAGCCGGGGGGAGCAUAGGACUGACUGACGGGAUAAAAAUUCUUUAAUUCGUUUGGGAAGCAACACGGCUCACGCUGGGCGUGAACAUCAGCUCCACCAAAAGCAUCUCCUCCCAUAGUUCCUCCUUCAAGCGCAGCUGAAGAACACAAAGCGCUUGAGCGGUGAAAGCACAGCAGAGCAAGGACAUCCGAGAUACCUGCUGCAUGUUUGGAGAGUUUUUUGGAGGAUUUUUUCUUUUUGGGUCAAUAAGCAGGAAUAGGCUUAAUAGGUUUAUUAAGAAGGUAAGAUCUACCAGUGUCUCAGUUUGACUUGAGGACAAUGAAGCACGGAGGCAACAGGAACCAAGAGAUUCAACCCUACAUCACAUAGAUUUAGAGUUAAAAAAGAGUAUUAGCAAAAAAGUUUGGCACUUUUUUGAUUCUAAGAUGUUUUUUGCUCUCAUGGUGCACCUAAAGUCUUGUUUGACCCAGAAAAAAAGAACAUCGAAGCCUUUGUGUCACCAGCACUUGUGCUGCAAACUGCCGUGAGUGACUUUCUGCACCAGUCGGUGUGAAGGUCCCCUGGCUCCUGCUUGACUCUUCUUUUCCGGGGUGUGGUGGAUCUGCCGUGCGGGGCAGGUCUUAGCCGUUCAAGACGCCGCGAGCCGUACUUCGCGUGAAAAAUGCCCAGCCGCGCUUGGCCAAGCCGGCCGACCCGGGCCCGACGUCCGGCCUCUACAUGGAGAGGUCGCAGAGCCGGAUCAGCCUGUCGGCGUCCUUUGAGGCUCUGGCCAUCUACUUUCCAUGUAUGAACUCUUUCGAUGAGGAUGAUGGUGUGGAGACUGAUGGCAGGAAGCUGAAGGGAGGCAUCCAGAGGAGCACCGAAACGGGUCUGGCGGUGGAGAUGCCCAGCCGGACUGUUCGCCAAGCCAGCCACGAGUCCAUCGAGGACAGCAUGAACAGCUACGGCUCAGAAGGAAAUCUAAACUACAGCGGCAUGUGUCUGGCCUCUGAUGCCCAAUUCAGUGACUUCCUGGAUGGGAUGGGACCGGCCCAGUUUGUUGGGCGACAGACGCUAGCAACAACUUCCAUGGGCGAUGUAGAGAUCGGCCUCAUGGAGAGAAACGGAGGACUGGAGGUUGAGGUAGUGCAAGCCAGAGGACUCACAAUGAAACCGGGUUCAAAAGCUCCUCCAGCGGCAUACAUCAAGGUUUACCUCCUGGAGAACGGGGUCUGUGUGGCUAAGAAGAAGACCAAGUCUGUGCGGAAGUCUCUAGAUCCUCUCUACAACCAGGUCCUGGUGUUCUCUGAAAGCCCUCAGGGGAAAGUGGUGCAGGUGAUUGUCUGGGGAAACUACGGACGAAUGGACCGCAAAUGUUUCAUGGGCGUAGCUCGUAUUUUAUUGGAGGAGCUUGACCUCACUGCCAUGGUGAUUGGCUGGUACAAGCUAUUCCCACCGUCCUCAAUGGUGGACCCAACGAUGGCGCCGCUUAUUCGCCACUCGUCCCAGAUGUCCCUGGAGAGCACCAUUGGGCCGUGUUGUGACAGAUCAUAACAUUCCUGCAGAAAUGCACUAUUUUCCUGCUGCGGCUGAGAAUCUGUUGCUUGAGCAAGUCUGAAGAUGUGUCUCUUCAUUCCCUGUGCAUACUCUGUUGGCAGAACUCAUAGGGAAUCAACCUGCUGGUCACCUUGGAUUUACAUCAAAAUUGUUGUAAUUUGUUAACAGGUGGUUUAUGGAGAGCACAGUACUUUUGCAGUAAGCACCCGAUCCAAAAACUCAAAGGAAAAGCUUCCUGUCUUCAGAUCUCUGAUGAGGAAAAAGCAAACCUCUCUUUAAUGAGGAAACUUCAAAGCAGGGCUCCGUUGCCAACAUCGAUCAGAUUCUACUGGGACAGCAGAACAAAGCGGCCUCAGCUUCGCUUCUGCUUCUGCGCUUUUUCACAGCCUCCAUGCGGUUUUCAUUCCCUGGACUGCUCGUCAUCUUUCUGUGUUCUCAUUAAGGGGCUGGACAGAUGCAAAGCUGGAUUUGUCAAUUCACACAUCUGUAGAAAAGGCAGGAGCAUCCCGUUUACAGGAACAGGAGGCUGUGAGCACCAAGACUGGAGACUUUCAUAGACAAAACAUGAGCUUAUGUGUUGUACUAAAACAUGUUGACUUUGCAGGACUCAAAAUCUAUAUAUAUUUUUUUUGUAUUCCACAUUUGGUCCAUCAUAAUCUAUGUGUCACACUGAUUUGGAUAGAUGUGGUUGAAAAUUUACUUGGAAGAUUUUAGUAUCAGUUCAAACUUGAACAUCAAGAGCAUCACCGGCUUUAAGGAUCUCAGACAUAUAGUUUAAUUCAUUCAAAUAUAGUCAAACUGAAGUUCUUUAGCAAAUCCAGUGAAUGUUGGAAAAGGAAAGUUUUCAAAAAAGAAGUGAUGGUUGUUUGUUAGAUGAUCAAAUAUUUAUUUGUUUAGGUUAAACCAGGUUCAGGCCAGAUCAGUGCAACUUUUCUAUUUUCAGAGUCUGAUAGGGUGCUAAAACCACUGACCUGACCCGUCAUCAUUUCCCCACACACUCUUAUUGGGUGUAAGGUACAAGCUGACCUGUUUAGGGGAGUCUGUGUUCUCCACUUCCAUGCAACAUGAUGAAUACAUGAUAGAUUAAUGUCAGUUUUAUCUCUCCGGACGGUUUUAUCUCUAAUCGGUUCUUCUUGGUCAGCUUUUUUAUUAGGAGUAAGACAGGUAAAAUACUUGAUCAUUUCACAAAGAUGAAAUCAAAACAUCACCAAUUGUGACCCCAAGUAGAUUGACAUUUUAAAAAUGUUAAAUUUCAAAUUAGAUCCUGCAUGUUUGUGCUUAUAUCUAUGAAUCAGAUGGCAUAAAUAAAAUCGUCUGCAUUUUUUUGCAUGAAAUGUAUUGCAGCGGGUUACGGGUUUGAAAGCAAAGGCACUAACUGUGGAUGCACGAGAUCAACAUCUUUUAAUCUCCCAGCCUGUAAUUGGACAUGAAGCGGGCCAGUUCUUUAACUGCGUUGUUCAGAUUUUCCCAGCAUCCCCCCCUUGCAUGGGUCACAUCAAGUGCAGGGGUCAGUGUUGUAUCUUAAUUACAGUGCUGACACGGCCAGAUGGUCUAAAUGGAAAUGAAGUGAACACAGGAGCACACACAGUACCGGAAAACUGGCUUAUUUAAAGCUGGGGAGGCUUUUUUAGCCAUACUCCGGAGCCAGAUUUGUAAUAUUCCUCCCCUCUUUCUUCAGGCUUUUGCUAAUGGUCGUCUGAUAACAGUUUUUACUGUGCCAAUUUUUACCAGCAAGUGUCUUCUUCUUCCUCCUCUUCAAUUACCUUGCGUUGUGUGUUAUUGUGAGGGAGGAACAGAAGCCUUCACUCACAACAUCUAACAACAGAGAAGCGUCCCUGUUACUCUAAAUUGCAGCCCGGGUUUUCGGAGAGCAGAGCCACCUGGUGAUUAGUUGUGCAACGGCUCACGAGGAACACAUGAGGGGGCAUGAAAUGUCCUUUCCCAAACAAGGGAGGCUUCGAUUGAUGUCAAAUAAGAUGAAUUUAAAGAGAAAUGUUUUCAUUUUGGGCACUUUAUGUCUUUACUAUGUAAAUAUUAUCAUUGUGAGUGUCUUGCGGAGUGAGCCAAAGCAGACCAGUGGGGGUUUAGCUGAUAAAUCAGUGAAUUGGACUAGGGAUAAAAAGGGGGUUGUUGCUAGCUUUCAUAUGACCAUAGCUUUAGCUGGUAGCACCUGCAUGCCUGAGUAAAAACAACCUGAUAAGAUUAAGCAUGAGCCUAAAGCUACGACGGAGAGCUAGGACAGGAAAUUAAAGCGUGUCAGAUUUGGACAUAAUAUCAACCGAUAAACAUAUUUAUGUAGCACUUUAAAUUAUGACUUUUAGUUUAAGCUUCUUUUAUGUCAGAAAUCCACUAAAAAUGGGAGAGUAUGUCUACUUUUUAUGUCAUGUCUGAAGGUUUCAGAACAAAAUCUGUUUAUUUCUAAAAAUGUUAGCUAGUUUUGAUUUCUAGCCGUGGCCUUUGGUUAGAGUAGCAGUGAUGCUGUUCCUGCUUCCAGACAGAUUAGCUAGAUUCUGUAAUGCAAUAAAACAUCCAGUCUGUGUAGUUUUCUCACAUAAGUCUAGGUAUUAUCACCGUAGUCUAAUCCAGUAGGUUCUAAUAUUUGGUGACAUGUUUGCAGCUGUUUUUGCCUUUCUCAAGACAACGAAAAACAUAAUCAUGCCUAAAAUAUGUCCACUUUCUUGUUGUUUUUUUUUCCUAAAAGAGGGAAAAAUAUUCUUCUUAAGAAAGUAGAAAAUAACCUCUGAUGGAUUAUAUCCUUUUCUUCAUUAAACAGAUAUCAUGUGUCAUGUUAGAAUUUCAAAACAUACAUUAAAAUGACUUAUUUUUCAACAGCAAAUCAAAAGUUACACAAUAGUUUUACAAUAAAACAAAUGCCUGCCAGACAGCAGAAACAAAGAGGACUGUUUUUAGAAUAAAGGUAUGUUGCAAAAAAAGCUAUAUAAGUCAUGUGAAUAUGUUUGUUUAGGUAUUCCCUUUUUUGUGCCAAAACUUUCCAAAAUAAAGUUUUAUUUUCAUUUUAAAGGACCAAUAAAGAAUUACUCAUCUGCAAAUAACUCUAGGAUAUGAUGAUGUAGCUCUGUUCCUGUCUAAAGAGGCAACAUAAAGGCUUUUGAUAUUAAACAAAUACAACUUUAUUGUCUUUCAGAGUCUCAGUGUUUUCCAGCUAAAUGGAAUGAAUGAAAUUGUUGGAAUUUUAUGAUUGAAUAUGUUAAAUUGUAAAUGAAAUCUGCAAGAAAAAGAGAGAAAAAAAGGUUUAAUUUAAAAGAAUAUUUGACAAUAUCAAUAUAAGUGAAAUUUGGUCAUAUUAUUUAGUUUUAUUGUUGACCACUUUGUUACAUUUUGUCGAUUUAUUUGGAAAUGAAGAAGCUUCUACUCUGCACAUGUUCAUAGACGACAUGCUCAGCCCUAAAUCGUCAUGUUUCUGUGUGUACUUACACAGUGUGUACCUUGUAUCAUUUGUAAUGUAAGUAGAGGCCUUAAAACUCCCACCACAGACAUAUUGUCAGGGCUAUAAGGACAAAGAAUUGUCACUAUCAAAAUGAGGAAAACACAAAAUGUUUUACAUUUUCAAUAUUUUUCAACUAUUUACUUGUCACGAUGAAAGUAACAAACUUUUGUGUUCUGAAGUUUUGGCAUUUCUUAAUUGAAUUUGGUUUGUUUUCCCCACAAAGAGAAAAAUAUCAAGCACCUUUUCCUGCUUUUGAAACAGCUUAGCGAUUAAUUUAGGAUAAUUAUAUACUGCUUCUUUGCUAUUUCUGGAUGCACUUCAUGAUACUUUGUGGUUUUAAAUAAUACAGUAAAAUUGCAAAGAAAAAAGAAAA